AUGUGGAAGAUCGCAGGGUGGGCGGCGCUGGCAUGGCAUGCCGCCGCAGGCUUCGUGUACCCAUCGACGCCAGCCAACCACGCCCAGGUCAUCGCUGCGCUCGAGCACUAUGCGCUCGGUCAGCAGGCCAUGGCGGCCGACAAGUUGGACGAGGCCACGCGCUUCUACGCUGCGGCGAUUGCCGCGCAUCAGGCCUUUGCGCCGGCGUACAACAACCUCGGGUACAUUCUUGGGCGCCAGCGCCGCGUGACCGACGCGAUCGCGUACCACACCAAGGCCGUCGAGCUCGCGAGUACCAACGGCGACUGGGAAACGUACGUAUCGGCGCACAACAACCUCGGCUACUCGGCGCGCGAUGGCAAAGGAUAUGCGCAGACGCUCGCUGCGAUCCAGCACUAUGACCUUGCGCUGCGCGUGCGGCCGCCGCUGUGUUCGAACGCCACGUACCUCUCGGUGCUGUACAAUAAGGCGUCGGCGCUCUGCAGCAUUGGCCAAAACGACGGCGCGCUGCCGCUGCUCCUCGAGGUGCUGCAGCUCGACCCGCACCACGCAGGCGCGCUCUUGGACCUCGGCACAAUCUACUACUACAAGGGCGACCUCGCCGCCGCGCUUUCGCAGCAAGACAAGCUCCUCCGGAUCGCAUCGACCAUGCGCGACCUGGUCGGUGCGCUCAACAACAAGGGCCAGUUUCUCAAAGAGCUCGGGCUCGUGCACGACGCCCUGCGCCUCCAUCAGCAGGCGCUGGCGCUGGACCCGCGCGAUAGCAACACGCGGCUCAACGUCAUCACGGCCCGUCGCCAGCUGUGCCACUGGGACGCCGCCGACGACUGGCACGAGAGCCUUCUCGCCACGACGCUGCACGAAAUCCAGGUGCGAACGGGGCAGGUGCCGUCGCUGCUACCAUUUGACGCGACACUCAUGCCCAUUGCCGACGACGUCAAGAAGGCGAUUGCAACGCUUCCAAUGCGCAUCGGGUACUUGAGCUUCGACUUUCGGAACCACCCGAUGGGGCAGCUCACGGUCGGUGCGAUCGAGCACCACGACAAGAGUCAAACUCAAAUCUAUGGCUACUCGUACGGGCCCAACGACGGGUCCGAGUGGCGGCACCGGAUCGCGUCGGCCUGCCACGCAUUUGCCGACGUCGCGCGGCUCUCGGACGUCGAGAUUGCAUCAGUCAUUGCGUCGGAUCGCAUCCAGAUCCUAAUCGACCUCAUGGCCCACACACGUGGCGCCCGCGUGGGCAUUUGCAGUUUGCACCCGGCCCCGAUCGUCGUCAACUACCUCGGGUACCCUGGCACGAUGGGGGCAGCGUUCACCGACUAUGCGAUUCUCGACGCAUUCGUGGUCCCACCGACGACGGUCAAGUCGACGUUUUCUGAAAAGGCCGUGUACCUCCCGCACACGUACCAAGUCAACGACUAUGCAUGGAGCGUCGAAACAUGUGUCGAGAAUUGUGUCUCGGACCUGAUGGCGUACGAGCCGCGCGCGGCGUUUGUCUACUGCAACUUCAACACGAUCAACAAGAUGGAGCCGACGUCGUUCGAUGCGUGGAUGCGCAUUCUUCGGCGCGUGCCUAAGAGCGUGCUCUGGCUCCUCGAGCCCAGCGCUGUGGACGCCAGCGUCAUGGCCACGUUUCGCGCCGAAGCCGCGGCCCGGGGCGUCGACCCACGUCGGCUCCUCUUCGCGCCCCGGGUCGCGAAGGCCGCGCACUUGAGCCGCCUCCGCCACGCGCACCUGUUUUUGGACUCGUUCGUGUACAAUGCGCACUCGACAGCCUCUGACAUGCUGUGGACGUACCUGCCCGUGCUGACGCUGGUGGGGCAUACGUUUGCGGCCCGGGUCGCCGGCAGCUUGCUCCGGCUUGUCAACGCCGACGCAGCGAGUUUGCUCACGACCUUUACGGUCAAGGAGUACGAAGACAUGGCCGUGGCUCUCGCGACGACGCACUUGCAGUCUUUGCAGCAGCUGCGGCGGGUCCUGGCGGCCUCGACGCUGGAAACCCGCCUCUUUGACACGGCGGAUACGACGCGACACUUGGAGGCGAGCUACCGACUCAUGCUGGAGCUCGCACCCGCACGCAUGCACCUCGUUGUGCAUCCGAUGGCUCGUCAUGUCGACGCCCGGCGACACGGACUGGACGACGCGAUCGUGCAGGAUAUGCUGGCGCACCAGAGUCGCGGCGAGUUUGCGAUCGCCGAAGUCGGGUACCGCCGACUGCUCUCCGUGCGGCCCGACCACGCCGAUGCUCUGCAUCUCUACGGCUUGCUCUUGCACGCGCUCGACCAGACACCAUUAGGGCUUCCGUUCUUGUUGCAGUCGAUCGAGCGCAUGCCCCACGUGGGCUUUUACCGCGCCAACUUUGCGACGAUGCUUGUGGCGGCCGGAGACAAAACGAGUGCACUCCAGCAGUGUGCACUGGCGCUGCAUCUGGAACCGAGCCAGCCCCGAGCCUUUUUGCUUUUUACCGAGCUCCUUGUCGACGCUGCGAUGCACGCGGAGGUGCUGGAAGCCCACACCCGGUACUACCCUCAGGUGGCGCGGCACCUGAGUCAUGUCGAGAGACUGGCGCAUCUCUUCCACGUGGCAUACGCCCAUGCACAGCUUGGACACGUUCACGUUGCGAUCGAUCUCUUGCGCUCAACCUUUCUUCAGGCGGGCGGCGACGUGCCCGAAGCGUUCAUUGUCAAGGCCAAGCACAAUCUGGGGGUGCUACUACAAACCAUCGGCGACUUUGACGCGGCAAACGCGGUGGCAAUGGAGGCUGUUGUCGCCGAGCACCGAGCAGCGCAUGCUCGCAUUGCGCUGCACGCGCCGCCGACACCGCUCGGCGGGCGCAUCGUGGUCAUCUACUGCUACGAAUACGGUCAAACCUGGUGGCCGCACUGGGGCCCGUCGUCGACGCGGAAUGGUGUCGGCGGCUCGGAAGAAGCCGUCAUCUACUUGGCACGAGCCCUCGCCCGCCUCGGACUCGACGUGCGCGUAUACGCUGAUCCACUGGCGGCCGACCUUGGCGUCGAUCGCGAUGGCGUUCGCUGGUUCUCGCAUGCGACGUUCGACACGUCCGCGCCCAUCGAUGUGUUUGUCGCGUGGCGGUACCACAUUUCCGUGGCGCUGGCAGCUGCCGCCAACCAGUCGUUCGUGUGGCUCCACGAUGUCAUUGACGGCCGCGUCUUCACGCCUGCGUUCCUCGCGUCGAUUCAUGGCAUCUUUUGCCUCUCGCGCUUCCACGCCAAUGUGACGCAGCUGCGUCACACGCCGAAACUACGGCUCUCGAGCAACGGUGUCACACCUGCCGCGUUCGUCAUAGGACCGAAUCAUCCGCAUCGGUUUGUGUAUGGGAGUGCACCGACGCGCGGCCUCGAAACCCUCCUCUUGCAUUGGCCAAGCCUGCGCCAGUCGCUCCCGCACGCGACGCUUGACGUGUACUAUGGGCUUACUCCCGCCGUGCGUCGCACUGCCUCGGCCGAGUGGCAACGCCGCAUGGAAAUGCUUUUGGCCCAGGACGGUGUCGUCUACCACGGCCUCGUCGACCAUGAUACGCUCGCCCACGGGUAUGCCAACGCCGGCUUUUACCUCUACCCGACCACCUUUUCCGAGACGAGCUGCGUGUCGAUCAUCAAGGCCAUGGCGGCCGGCGCGAUCCCAAUCACCUCCAAGCGCGGUGCACUCGCCGAGGUGGUGGGACAGCACGACAUGGGUCCGGCGACCGCGCUCGUCGACGACAAUCAGGAGGCGUGGAUCCAAGACUGGCUGCGCUGCAUUGUCGCUGCGGCGCGCAUGGACCCAAGCGAGUUGACCGCCCGACGCACAGCCAUGGUCGAGGACGCGCGCCAUCGGUUUCUUUGGUCGCACGUGGCGGCCGAGUGGGCGACGGCGUUUCUCGACUCGACGUAGUAGCACAGUUGGCGUACAGAGAAGGACGAUGGGGUAUAUAUAUGGAG